AACUCCAAACGCGGCAACACGUGCAGCUCGCAGCUCGCGACCCAAAAACAUAGCAACAACAGCAACAACGAACAGCGAAACGAACACACAAAAUCACAUUUAAAUUACGUAUACGCCGCGUAGCCGUAAAGCCCAAAAUCACAGACAUCAUGGCAGCCGCAACAACAGCGAACAAAUCACCACAGCAACAACAACAACAACAACAAUCUAGCAGACAACAGCACAACUUCUUUGCCUCCUGCAUGUCCAUCGUUUUGGUUGUCGUGUUCGCUGUGCUGCUGGCAGGAAACUGUGUCAAUGGGCAAAUUGAUGGCUACAUAGCUGGCGAGGAUUAUCCAAUCUAUGAUGCGGUGCCCAAGGGUCUGUCGUUCAACUGCCAAGGUCGUCAGCCGGGCUACUAUGCGGAUACCGAGACGCGGUGUCAGGUCUGGCACUGGUGCCUGCACUCUGGCCAUCAGUACUCCUUCCUCUGCCCGAACGGCACGGUGUUCAAUCAGGCUGUGCGCGUCUGUGAUUGGUGGUCGAAUGUCAACUGCGCCAGUUCCGAACAGCUCUAUCAGAAUAACGACGAGCUCUAUCGCAUACCCGAGCGCAGCCAACAGCAGCAGCAGCAGCAGGCUGAGGUAUGAUAUAAGGCUGAUGAUGAGUAUAAGAUUGGGAAAGCACACACAACGGCGGAGGCAGUGAAUCGGCAGCGAGGCAGCAGACAGCGACAGUUUCUGGCACAAAACAAAAGCAGCAGCAGCAGCAGCAGCAGCAACAUAGAUAAAAGCAAACAUAGCAACAACAACAACAACAUCGUAGAUAGCACCUCACCAACCAACUACAGUAAAAUGACCAAAAAUAGUUUUAGAGGCAGCAUGAGAUACACAACCAAUCAAUCUCAAUCGUCAUACUCAUCAUCACAGCAAGAGCAGCAGCAACAGCAACAGCAACAGCAACAAUUUAACUCUAGUAAAUAUAGCGAAUAUCAAAGUAGACAAAAUAGUGGCAGUAGCCGUAAGCAGGGCAGUAGGAAUAGCAGUAGAAAUAAAGGUAAUCAAUUUAGCAUAGCAAACACGUCCUCUAGACAUAGCACACAGCACAGCAAUCACAGCAGCAGCAGCAGCAGCAACAGCUACAAAAGCAAACAACGCGGCAACAUGCGCUACAAUUUGAAUAAAUUUGAGAACGACGAUGAGCUCAAGGAUUACAAAAGUAAAAUUAAAAAUAAAUACAAUAUCGAUUAUGAUCAUUCUUUGGAUGAAGAAUAUGAAAUAAUUGAGGCCAUUGAGUGAAAAUCUGCACAAAUUAGAAGUUACAAAAACAAAUAAAGAACACCUCACACAAAGCUUUGUAGUUGUUGUUGUCUAAUGGAAAAUGUGCUGCAAAUUGGCGCCAAUUUGUUUACCUUCUUAUAAUACCCUCACCAGUUGGCACGUUACCCGAU